UAUGACUGAUAUGUGAAUAAUGCAGCAAUUUUUAUAAUAUUCAAAGAGCAUUUCGCAUAAUUGUGCACUUAGAUAAUUUCCUAAAUUAAACGUGACAUACAUGAAUUCUUGUUGAAAACAAUCGGUCAAUGCAAGAGCCAAUAAAAGUUCUGGCAAGAUGACUGAUGGAUUGUCGGGGAAUGUGUCGAGGGUUGACGGCGCCCGCGCGUACAGGACGUCGUCGGGGUUUCUAUCGCCCUUUUACCCCUCUUUGGACACCUUCGACGGUCGCGUGACACACUGACAUAUAACAGAACGAGUAGUGUUCGUCACUACGUGGCUGUCGUCUGGGUCAGAAUGACCAGACGAGUGUCAGUAUCGAUUCACCUGGCUGCUGGUUACGCUGAGCGAAGCAUUUCCGGACAUGAGAUCUAACGACCCAGGAAGGAAUCAAUGAUUGACGUACGCGUCGAUAAAAUGUAGUCGCGGACAUCAUCGAAGGAUGCACAGCUUCCGACAGCUUUUACUCGGCACGUUAAUCUUCACGACACAUCUUCAUAUCAGCUACGGACAGAAUGGCACGACCACCGACAAACCGUAUUCCGUGAAGUCAACGAUACCCGCCGAAAUGAAAAUAACAUCGUGGAACGACAUGCCAUUUUCCGGUCUAACGAUGGAGAACGGCACAUGGGUUGGAAAAGGCUAUGCGUUUUACUUGCUCGAGUUGCUCAGUUCCAAAUUAAAUUUCACGUAUACUAUCGUGCCGCCGAAACAGCACGUACUGGGCGACAAGCGGAAGGGAAUAUUAAGUUUACUCUACGAAAAGAAGGUGGACAUGGCGGUGGCUUUCUUGCCAAUUUUGCCGGAGUUGCGGAAAUAUUGCACGUUUAGCACAGCCUUGGACCAAGGCGAACUAACAGCUUUGAUGAAGCGACCGCAAGAAUCGGCGACCGGCUCGGGACUGCUCGCUCCGUUUGACCAAACUGUUUGGCUAUUGGUAUUGGCUUCGGUGCUCUCGGUAGGACCGAUAAUCUACAUUUUCGCCACAUUUAGGGCGAAAUUAUGGGGCGAUCCUAACUCGGAGAAUUAUGGCCUGUUCCCCUGCAUGUGGUUUGUAUACAGUUCUUUAUUGAAGCAGGGGACGACUAUAGCUGCGAUGACAGACUCGACGCGAAUUCUGUUCGCCACAUGGUGGAUUUUCAUCUUGAUAUUAACGUCCUUCUACACGGCAAAUCUUACCGCGUUUCUCACAAGACCGCAGUUCACCUUGCCGAUCGACUCUCUGAAUGAUAUAGUGCGCAAGGGUUAUCAGUGGGUCACUUACAAAGGACGUACGAUCGAGUAUUUGAUCACUCAGUACCACCCGGAUGAAUUGUCCCUGUUAAAUUCUACAAGAAGAAAAGGCCGCUAUAUCACGGCGUACGAAUAUCCAGUUAAAGCUAUUCUCAACGCCGUCGACAAAAACAAAUUGUUCCUGGAAGAAGCCCAUUACCUUCAGUCUUUGAUAUUCGAGGAUUACAUCAAUAAAACCCGUCUACACUUGGAGUAUCAGAAGAAGUGUACAUAUGUCAUUAUGCCUAGCACGAUUCUCGUUACCAAUAGAGCAUUCGCCUUCCCCUUAGGCUCUCCUUUAGAGAAACCAAUCAAUAAAGAACUGAUGGCUCUGGUGGAAGCCGGCAUAAUAAAACGCGCAAAACAGAGAGAUUUACCACUCGCGGAAGUGUGCCCGGUGGAUCUGCGGUCCACCGAACGGCAAUUGACGAAUUCCGAUCUGUCCCUGACUUAUAAAGUGGUGCUCGCUGGAUACGUGAUCGCGUCUGUGGCCUUCCUCGUUGAGCUAACGAUUAGAUGUGCUACGAACAUUUACAAGCGAUGGAAAGCGACCUGCAAGUGUUGCAAAUCGAAACGGCAAUCGAAGAAAGUCGUAACACCGGAACUGGUGUACAUCACGAAGGAUCGUUUGUUCGACAGUCGGAUCAACAUGCAGAAAAGAAGCGUGCAGCCUUUGCAUCAGAACGCUCCACACAAUUUCGUUCGGGGGAAGAAGCACUGUAUCAACGGACGCGAUUAUUACGUCGUGAUAGAUCGCGGCGGCGAUCAAAGAUUGAUACCCAUCCGCACGCCGUCCGCGUUUUUGUUUCAAUACGCGGCAUAGUGGAAAAUACAUACGUCUUGUAUAAGAUAACAGAGUAUCGUUUGUGCAAUUUAUUAGAGACUUUCAAAAUAUCGAUCACAUGCUGAGUUAUCGUACAUCUUCAAUAAUUAUAUCGUUUCACUCCGUUGAUAUACUUUACACACAGAGAAAUAUUAUUCUACCCAGUAAAUACCAAGUAUCAAUAAUAUAACAUUUAUAUUACUGAUAUUAUUUACUGAUAUGCAAUGUUUACUGGGUACUGUUAAAAAAAAUGAUUAAUUUACUUUCCUUCUUUGAAGUAAUGGUU